CAGGCUCGAAGCUCGAUGUAUUUCAUUUCCUUACACUCUCUCAUAUUCUCUCUCUCUCGACUUUCUUUUAUAUUUUCUCCAAAUAGUCAGUACUAAUGGUCUGGUUAUCGGCAGCUGCAACGUCGUCGUCCUUAAUCUGCUUGCUAUUUUUUGUGCUUACUAAUGGCGCUUUCUGUGCUCGGUCUCUGCCUCCUCCAACUUGCUCAACUAGGCCUCCGCCUCUGUCUACUCCGACAACUAGGCCUCAGUCUUCUCCGACUUGCUUGACUAGGCCUCUCCCUCCGUCUAUUCAAACUUGCCCCGCUAGGCCUUCUCCACCUCCUCCGGCUCCGACCAUGCCUGCUGAGCUUGAUGAUCACAGGUAUAAUUUGACAAAGAUGAUUGGUGAAGGAAGCUUCGGAACGGCCUGGCUUGCCUCCAAGUUCAAUUCCAAUGAAUUGGAGUUCAUUGUGAAGAUCAUAAGUGUAUUAUUAUUGUUAUUAUACUAUACUAUUACGUUCAGUGGCUCAGAUGCACAUGUAAGUGCCUUAAGGGAGGCACAUUUUGGAGAGAAUCUUACGGAGGCCGGGCUAGACAUAACGCCCAAGUUUGUUAAAGCUUUUCAAAGGAAUAAUGGAGAUGAUUUACUGUUCCAUUUAGUCUAUCGUUUUGAGGGCAUCUCCCUCGAACACCUCUUGUACGGAGGCCAAAAUAGGUUUUGGUGGAACUGGUUAAAAACCACCCAGGAGGGUGAGAAUGCCAUUAAAGGCAUUAUGUUUCAGCUGAUCUCAGCAAUUGCUAUUCUCCAUGAUCAUGAUAUUGUUCAUAGGGAUUUAAAGCCCGGAAAUAUUGUAAUAUGUAUACCAACCCAAAAGCGUAGGUGUGCGGCUAGCGUUGAGGAAAUUAAGCAAAUACGUGAUUUUAAGUUGAGACUAAUUGACAUGGGGAGUGCCACAAAUGCCUACACAAUACAGUUAUAUGGAUCUUGGGCUCCACAAUGUAGGGAUUACAUGCCUCCAGAAACUGGAUAUGGUUGGAUGGCCAAACCACAAGCAAGUUAUGAUAUGUGGUCAAUCGGGAUUAUUUUCUUAGAGAUGAUUUUGGGAACCAAUGAAAUUUUCACUAUCUCAAAUAUUGAUAACUUGACACCUGAGCUAGUAGAUCUUGUGUUGCAAUAUGAUGAGGGUGAUUUGAUUGACUCUGAUAUCUAUAGGAAUUUAGCUUUAUUGGAGUUGUGCAUAGGAGAAUUUUCUGAUCACUGUUCAGAGCAGGAUUUUGCAGACAAGAUCAUUGCUAGGGAUCCAUUCCAACUGGGCUUUCUGGAUGUUGAGGCAUUACGUUUGGCACGGCUUCUUUUACAUUGGGAUCCGGUGCAUAGGAUCAGCGCUCGUGGUGCUUUGCAGCAUUCAUACUUCCAGCAGAAUGAAGCAAGAGCUUGCAGAGGAGAUUAGCUUGUCAGAUAUUUUACAAUAAAUUUACUUUUGUGAGUUUGGUUGGUUGUGUGUAAGAGUUUGUUGUGUCUUUUGUUGUACAGUCUCUCACUCUCAUGAAUCUAAAAGAGUGGGCCAAUUUUCAUUGGCAGAACUGGCAUAAAAGAAUCUACAGUCUAGUAAGGCUUGGUUGUUAUUGCAUGCAUCACUUUGUCUAAGGUGCUACCACCAAGGAGAAAACCAAGAAUCAUUUCACUAAUGCCUCAUCCGAACAUGCAUGCUUUAUAUGUCAAGCAAUAUGUUAUAGCAAUGCUGAAACUAUGCUCUGACAUUUUUCCAAAGGCCUUGAUUUAUAUUAGGAAAAGGAACAUAGUGCUAUGUCAAAUUUAAACAUAUUGAAUGAAAGGA